CUGUCUGCGCAGGCGCGCGAUAUCACUUUCUCCGCCCCACGCAGGGGCUGGCGCUGGCCGCCGCUUCGCCCUCUGGGAAGUGGAGUCUGGGAAGCCGAAGUGUUGCUGCUCUAGGACUCGCGGGUACUCGGCUCCGCGGCUCCCGGGGCAACGCGCAAGCGCAGUUCCGACCCGGACUGCCGACUCCAGCUCAUUGUGUUCAGCCUGCGAUGUGGCGGUUGCGGUUUCUCGCCGCGGGCAGAGGCUCCUCCAAGGGCAAUCCUGUGGUGACCAGACUGGGUGGAGGGGAAGAGGCCUGAGGUCAGAGAAGGGCUUGGCCUGAGAGGCCUUGGCAGUGACGACCCAGCCCUCGUAGCUUGCCUUUGGAGGAGAAAGAAGACCAUCUUUCUCCACUUCAUCCACUCUCCUUCCAGGCUGGGGGGAAACUUCUCUUGAGACCUGUCAGGUGUGUAGAAGUUUCUAGCCUUGGUCCCAUUUUGCCAGUCUCUGAAAGGGCUUAUCAGAGAAGGAAUGGCUGUCAGGCACCUGCCACCCAUGGUCCAGGAAUCAGUGACCUUCAAGGACGUGGUCGUGCUCUUCACCCGGGACGAGUGGGCACAGCUGAGCCCUACUCAGAGGGCCCUUUACAGGGAUGUGAUGCUGGAGAACUACAGCAACCUGGUCUCACUGGGACUCUUAGGACCCCAGUCAGAUGUGUUUUCCCGACUGGGAAAAGGAGAAGAAUGGAUGCUGGAGGACACGUCAGGAAGCUUCUGUCUUGACUGGAUGACUAUGCCUGUGAGUAAGAACUCUCCUCCCAAGCCGGAUAUUCCUGAUCAAGACUUGGAUCAGUGGAUGAUAAAGGAAGGAUUCACUAGAGAUAACCACUGGAAAUACGAUUGCCAGUUGGAAUGGCAGCGUGGAGGCCAGGAGGUACUUGCAUCUGUGCUCCACGCCCAGGCCAGGGAUGAACCUGGGAAGCACUGCACUGUGAGCUCAUCUUUUGAUCAGAGUCAGGAAUUUCAAUCUAGCAAAAAAGCCUUUGAGUGUAGUGAGUGUGGAAAAGUCUUCACUAAAAGUUCAACCCUUAAUAAACAUCAGAAAGUUCAUACUGAAAAACUGAAUGCAAAUCGGAAAACUGUUAUUAAAGAGAAGCGAUAUGAAUGUAGAGAAUGUGGGAAAGCCUUUCACCAGAGUACACACCUUAUCCACCACCAAAGAAUUCACACUGGCGAGAAACCGUACGAAUGUAAAGAAUGUGGCAAGGCCUUCUCUGUGAGCUCCUCACUCACUUACCAUCAGAAAAUUCACACCGGAGAGAAACCUUUCGAAUGCAACUUAUGUGGGAAAGCUUUUAUCCGAAACAUACACCUUGCCCACCAUCAUAGAAUUCACACUGGAGAGAAGCCUUUUAAAUGUAACAUAUGUGACAAAGCCUUUGUGUGCAGGGCACACCUUACCAAACACCAGAAUAUUCAUAGUGGAGAGAAACCUUAUAAAUGUAAUGAAUGUGGAAAAGCCUUUAAUCAGAGUACGAGUUUUCUUCAGCAUCAAAGAAUUCACACUGGAGAGAAGCCCUUUGAAUGUAACGAAUGUGGAAAGGCCUUCAGGGUGAACUCUUCCCUGACAGAGCAUCAGAGAAUUCAUACUGGAGAGAAACCUUAUAAGUGUAGCGAAUGUGGGAAAGCUUUCAGGGAUAAUUCAUCCUUCGCUCGACAUCGGAAAAUUCAUACCGGAGAGAAACCUUACAGGUGUGGUUUGUGUGAGAAAGCCUUCAGGGACCAAUCAGCCCUAGCCCAACAUCAGAGAAUUCAUACUGGAGAAAAACCUUACACGUGUAAUAUAUGUGAGAAAGCCUUCAGCGACCAUUCAGCCCUCACUCAACAUAAGAGAAUCCACACCAGAGAAAAACCUUACAAAUGUAAAAUCUGCGGGAAAGCCUUUAUUCGAAGCACACACCUUACUCAGCAUCAGAGGAUUCACACAGGAGAGAAGCCCUAUAAAUGUAAUAAAUGUGGGAAAGCUUUCAACCAGACUGCAAACCUCAUUCAGCAUCAGAGACAUCAUAUUGGAGAAAAGUGAUAGGAUUAUAGUUUAUAUGGCAGAACUUUGAGACCAAGUGUGUUAAUUAUUGAAUGUAAGCGAAUCCAUUCCAGAGAAUAGCCAUGAAAACUUCAGUGAAGAUGGAAUUUUUAUUUACAGAGAGUCAACCUUCACGGUACUGUGGGUUUGAGAAUUUAAGAAUGGCAUGCCCUCCUAGUUCAGAACUGCCUCAGUUGAAUAACAGUAAUGUUUAAUUAGUCUGAAUUAUCAAAUAUUGUACCCAAAAUGAAGCUUCAUUAACAACACAGAAAUUAGAUGAUCUCAUUUACAUUUUGACUAUUAAGAGAAAUUAUAAAAUUGCAGAAGACCAGGGGAAGAAGCAAAAGAACAAAAAGUAAAAAUGGCCAAUAAGCAUUUCACUCACUUUUUUUAUAUAAAAGGGUUUCUACUUUCAGUGGAACCCUUUGUUCUCACCCACCCACUUUCUCAGUGUAGGGAAAGUGCAGUCACCAUGCAUUGGCCCCAGAGUUACCCAAAUUAUGUUUCCCACCUUCUGCUUCAAACCAUCCUCUCAGAUCUCCCUGACUUAGUGUCCACUGGCUGCUUACCCAUAUUCUUCUUCUGGGACAACUCAUUUGAAUGGUAUGUCCCUCUUGAUUUAGCACCUCCUAACUGGUAACAUCAUGUCACUUAUCAUCACCCCAUUUGCCCUUGGGGAAUGUGGUGAUCUGGCCUCCCACACAGUCCAUGAUUCUGGUUAUCGCAACCAGACCCAGCAUUCAGAACUCCAGGACCUCUGGGAGACAGGUUGAUCAAACUUCUUGAGUUACCCAGUUUCUUUGGGCCUCACCUUUACUCUGACACUGGGAUGGUACCUUUAAGUAGGGGCUAGGUUGUGUAGACAUUACCUCCAAUUGCUCUGCACUGUCCUUACCCCACACAUAGCGUCAGGGGCCUGCUCAGCUUCAGAUGUGACAAUCCAGCCACUUCACAGUGUUCUAGACCCUCCCCACUUCUGUGAUUUGCCAUUUCCUAACAUGCAGCUGACACAAGUUAGAGCCCCAAAGCUAGUCCUUAAAGGCUCUGACCCACUCUUUCCCUUGGCUGGCAGUCCUCUGUGUCCACUGUGCUAGUGGAUAUAUUUCUCGGCCCCAGAAUAUGAACUGCUGCAUCCUGGUCCCUGCACUUCUUCCAUCCAAUUUUCGGAAGGUCUCAAGUGUUCACAGAGCAAACAGCUUUGAAUUUCUCCUUUUGCAUUUGGAAGUGGGCAUUUCCUCUCCUCCAUCUGGGUGUUCUAUUUAAAGACUGUCCCAUUCUGACAGUGGUGAGCUAUCCGUGGAGUAAUUCCAUGGGUCAAGACAUGGUCAACAGCAUCGUGACGUUCCCUGGCAGGGGACUGUCUAUGCCCCAAACUUGCAGCGAUACUGUUCCUGCAGGUACAGUUCCUUCUCCAUCUUUGAUCCUUCACUGCUCUCAGUAGAAAGCACAGAGAUAAAAUAACAUGUGUGCCUUCACACACACACAGCCCCUGGUAGCACUGUCCCCUUCCCCCACCACAAAGGACGGGGAGCCUGCACUACUGCAAACUGGAACAACACACCACAUCAUGAAUAUGGAAGAGCAAGUCCACCGUUGUGGGAAAAAGUGGCAAGUUCUCAGUCCGUGGAGGUGCUCUCCAUCAAGUCGGGCAGCCCACUGGCCCCACAGAUGCUGCACCUCAACUCCAAGUUACAGAAGAGGACAGUCUUUUUCCUGGUGGAAUUCUAAAUUCACCUUCCAUCGAGUACAGGCUGCCAGUGUGGGCAGGCAUCUGUGAGGGGGUCAGCAGCAGCUCAUGCUUUCUCCCCUACUAAGCUGCAGAUGAAGCAGCAUUUUGAGGGGUGACUUGGAGCUCUUUGUACACUGGGCCCCCACAUGUUCAUCGGCAGCCCCCAAUUCCACAAAAACUUGAAAACCUGCUCGCUGCUAUAGAUCCCUACCUGUAGGGAUCAACCAUGUGACCCACCUGCCCCUAACAAUCACCCUCUUCCCUUGAAUCCCUGUGGGAUGCUGCUCAGCUGAGUUCAAUGUUCAUUUUGUUUGUGUUUAAUGAGAGUUGCUGCCGCGGGUCCUGUGCCUGCAGUCAAGCCAGAGCCGAGACCAGGUGCCCCUGAGAGCCUCCUUUAUCCCGGGGAUGGCACCGGCAGCUGUUCCUGCACCAGAAUCCAUGCAGCCCAAAAGCCCUCAAUCUGGGAUUGCUCCCUGCCCAGUCAGUGCACAGACUUCCCAGCGCACCCAUGACUAUGCCGUCACAAGAUCAUGAAGGAGCCAGUCUCCCCACCCCCUCAACAGGACUAGAGAGACAGAGGAGCCAGAGAAGCAGAUCUAGACCCACUUCCCGCAUCUGAUGCACCAGAGCUCUCCUGGUCUACCAUGGAAUUGCCCAAUGGUCAAACUCAGUGGCAGUGGCAGUUCCGCUCUGCCCAGGGGAAGGGUUUGGGAAGAGGAUUAGCACCGUAAACCUUGUUAAAAGUCAUCAUUGGCUGUGGGCUCCCGUGAAUGCCCCCCGAAACUGCCAGCUCUUGGGGGAAAAAUAAUUGCUGCAGUCUCCCCUUUCACAUUCCUCUAAUGCUCUCUUGUCAAGUCUUCCCAUCUCCAGCUGAUAGAUUGGGCGCCUGUGUUCUCCCUCGUCACCUGAUCUCGCCUCACUCUGCCACCAGUGUCUGCCCAAGACAUUGCCUUUCUCCAUAUUCAGCAAUGGCUUUUAGAAUGGCACCUUGACCCUCAGCGGACUGGGGCUUCCCAGUUAUAGUACCUGAGCCUCAGAGUCUUGGAACAAAACAACCCUACUGCAUGCAUCUUUGGUUGAGAAAACAACUUAAUUCCCUCGAACAUGAAUUUAGUCCAAGUGCAUACUCUCCAGCUGUCUUGAUUCCUCUUCCCUUUGCACUUUGCCCUCCUCUGCCCUUUACUGGAUUAGCUAGCAAGGCCAUGUGGACACAUAAAACACUCCCGCCUACAGUGGGAGGAGUCCCAGCUUCUGGCACCUCCUUGACUCCUGCUAAAUAUAUUUUUGGUAAUAUUUUUACUUUUAGUAUUUUUAUACCAGUUUGCGAAGGCAAAAAGAAAAUACAAGGUUUGUUUCGAUCACUCAUGAACUUCUCAGUGACGCUAAUGACCAUUCUCUGCCAGUGCCAGGAUUUGGUCACUCGGGCAUGUUCCUCCUCAGCCUGUGUGUUACCCUGUCUAUGGCUCAUCACUGUUCUUAAAAAUUGUUGCCAUAGAAUGGCCCAUCAGUGUUUCUUUCUGAAAAUAAAUGAGAAAAGUACACAGUAUUCUAAGAGGUACAAGCUGCAUUUGUGUUACCUGGUUAUCUCUUAAGACAUGGCCAAAAGUAGUGCUUCUAAGCGUUUUUAUCUUUGUAUGGCCAGUCUGGUCCUGCCCACAAUAAGCAUCCAAACCUACCUGGUCCCAGAAACCAUAGUUCAGGCUGUGGAAUAGAAGAGAGCUGUAUCCCCAGUCGUCAGUGACAACAGUUAACAUUUGAAGAUGUCCCGCAGGCCGGGUACUGUUGUAAGCACUCUGCAUGUAAUAACUCAUCUAAUCCUCACAAUUCUGUGAGACUGUCUCAUCCCCACUUAAAAGUUGAACAGAGAGGUUUAAAAGCAUUUCAGAAAUUAAACAGCUGGUAACAUGCAUGGUCUGAGAACCUGAUCCAGGCACUGUAGCUCUGGGGCACACAUGCCUCCCUACUGCACUCAGCUUCCUCCUUCAUGGACACAUUCUGGAGGGCCACUUGGCUCCAGAUAUGGGGCAGAUAUGGCUAUGGGUGGGUGGGGUGGGUCCACAGCCUUGCGACCGUGUUGCAGGCAUGGCUUUCUGUACCCACAUCCUCCACAAAAAGACCUUUCCUCGGCCCUGGGUUGGCAAGGUGGAAAGGGUUCGGGUGCUCCUCUAGCCUGAGAGUACAAGAACCAUGGGUUCGCAAAGGCCUAUCAACCCUUGGAUAUCUUGAGGGCAUGGCCUAAUAACCAUAGCAGGUCCUGGACCUGGCCACAUGAGAGUAAUUACUAUAAGUGCCCUUCUUGAGGUUUUCCAAAAGCAGAGAGGUGGGGCAUCUGGGUGGCUCAGUUGGUUAAGCGUCUGCCUUCAGCUCAGGUCAUGAUCCUGGAGACUCAGGACUGAUCACUGCAUCUGGCUCCCUGCUCAGCAGGGAGUCUGCUUCUCCCUCUGCCCCUCACUCUGCUCCUCCAUGCUUUCUUUCUCUCUCUUAAGUAAAUAAAAUCUUAAAACACACACACACACAUAGAGAGAGAGAGAAAAAAAGCCAAAGCUAGUAGCUAGAGAAACAGCAACAGCCAAGCAUGGUACAUACACAGUGGGUAUGUAUGCACACAUCUAAGUACUGCUUUCAUGGGACUUAAAUAUGGAAGACAGGUAUUGCAAAAUGAAACACAAAUAAUGAGCAAAAUAACUGUAGUUUGUGGGAAACGUGUUUACACAGAUGGGGUACCACAAAAGAGUGUGAGAGGCCUAGCUGUAGAUUGUGUGGUCACACUGGGCUUCACUAGAAUUAACAACAGAUGCAAAGCACAGUUCAGUGAGACAGGGAAAGAGGUUCGGACACACAGGCAGGAACAGUGUGGGCUGGGUAAGUGCCAUUAAAAAGGCGGUGGAGCCCAGAGUCAGCACUGGUGUUAGCAGCGUGAGCUUCCACAGGAAGAGCCAGGACCACAGCCCAACCAGCCCCUGCAGUGAACUUGGAUGGUGCUCUAAACACAAGCCAUUGCCAGGGGUCAGGUUUUGUGCUUCAAACUCUCAAGCUACAAGUGGUUGCUAUUGAUGAAUAGAUUUUACCAGAGCAUUGGGGGGCUUGGGUGGCUCAGUUGUUGGGCAUCUGCCUUUGGCUUAGGUCAUGAUCCCAGGAUCCUGGGAUCAAGCCCCACAAGGACUCCCUACUCAGGGGGAAGCCUGCUUCUCCCUCUCCCACUCCCCCUGCUUGUGUUCCCUCUCUUGCUGUGUCUUUCUCUGUCAAAUAAAUAAAAUC